UAUGAAUUCUUAAAUCGAUAGAAAUUCUGAUACUCCUCUUACAAAUGUAAUUUUAGUAGUCAUUACAAAUAAAGCAAAUAAAACUUUGGGACAUGAUAAAUAUUUUAAAGUUUUUAGUCCUUUUGGUACAAUAUAAAGAGUAAUUAUUACUUUUAAAUAUAUGAAUAGAUGCUCAUAUUCGAAAGAUCUCUUACUUGGAAAACAUUUAUUGAAUAUGAUAAUGCAGAAUCAGCUUUAAAGGCAAGAAUUUAAAUGAAUGACAAAUAUUUCUGUGACGAUCAAACAUUGUUAAUGAAUGUCUAUGCAAGUAAAUUAACUAUAAUAACAUUCUAAGAAAAUAACACUGGAGGUGUUGGUAAUUUGAUAUUUUAAAAUUAUGUUAGAUUAUACGCUAUUGAGGUAAAAAUAAAAAGAAUAAUAAUAAUAAUCUCCACCAAAUGAAAUAAAUUAAUCUUCUUAAUCUUAAAAGCUUGUGUAAACAUUACCUUAAUAAAAUUUUUAAUUUUUAUAAUUCCAAAUGUAGUUUUAAAAUCAAAUGUCAUAAUAAAUUCAAUAAAUAAACUCUUUGAUGGGUUAGUUGUAACAAGUAUGUGUUGAAGGUUUUGCAACUCCACUAUAAUAAUCAACAGAUUUAUUAAAUUAAAUCGAAAAAUAACAAUCAAUUUUAAAAGAUAUUAAUGACUUUUAAUAAACAUUCUAGAAUGUUACAGAUAAUUAUUAAAAUUUUUUAUAGGGAUUUAAUUAAUAAGAUGAAUAGAAAUCUAUAAGUUUAGAAUCUAGUAAAAAUGGAAGAUCAAAUAUAAAGAAAUUAACAUUACCAAAUGAUAAAAAAAUUAAAAAUGGUGAUCAAAUUGAAUUCAUUUAAAGUUAUCAUGAAAGUGAUAUUACUAAAGAUGUUAUGUUUCAUAGUUAAGAUAAACUUAUAGAUUAAAUGCAAAUUUAAAACAUAUAUCAAAGUGAUGGCAGAAGUGUCAAUAAAGUUGAUGAAUUGAAUUUUAAUGGAUUAGGUUUGAGAGAUUCAGAAAAUGAAGAAGAUGAUUCAAAUUAAUUUGAAAAUUAAUUAUUAAAUGAAUAAUCUGAUGAUGAUGAUGAAGAUAUAAAUAAUGAAUUAUUUAAAUUUGUUGAUUAAAAUUAAGGAUUUAGUGAAAAAGAUAAAUAGUAGGUUUUUAAGAAAUUAAAUUAAGAUAUGUUAUUUGAUAAAGUUGAUAAUAAAGUAGCUAUUGAAGUAGAAAAAUAAACAUAAAAAAAUACAAUUGAAUAAUCUUUUAGAAGUGUUGACAAUAUAGAUUAAUUAAUUAGCAAAGGAAAAAUUUAGAGAUCAAUAUAAUAACCAACAUCAAAAAGUUAAACUAUUUAAAAAUAGCCUGAAAAAAUAGAUCAUAAUAUCAAUUAAUAAUUCUUAAAAAGUAAAUAAAUUCUUAAUUAUAUUUUAGAUGCUCGUAAAUCUAAAGUAAUUUAUGCAAGAUGGUUUGAUAAAAAGGUUGUAACAUCAACUAUGUUAUAUAAUAUUUUUAGCAUUUACGGAAAUAUUGACAAAAUGAUAUUUUUAAAAGAAAGAUCCAGUUGCUUAAUAUAAUAUAUAAUGUCAGAACAUGCAGCUAUUGCUAAAGAAUCUCUAAAUGAUAUCAUGUUUUAUGGAUAAUCAAUUAAGGUAUAAUAUUGUAAUAAAUAGAUCUUCUUCUCUAAUUAUGAAGAAAUCUCUUUAAAAACAUAGCCUACAAAACCUGGAGAGAUUGUUUUUGAUAUUAAAACAUAAGAAGAAUAUUUUUAAGGAAGCGAAGAUACUCAUCGUAUUAAACCUGAUUCUACUUAUACUCUUGCUCCCCCUUGUGAUACAAUUUAAAUCUCUAAUUUAACCAAAAACUCUUGUUAAACUUAAGUUAUGUAAUAAUUUAUGCAAGAUUUUGGUUAAAUCAAAGCUCUAAAGUAAUUAUUACUUUUAUUAAGAAUUUUGACAACUGGAAAUAAAUACUUAUCCAUUAUUAAGUAUCUAAGUACCGAAGUAGCCCUUACAGUUUUAGCCAACAUGAAUGGUAUCGAAAUAGAUGGAAAGUAUUUAUAUGAUAAAAUUGAAAUAGACCUAUAUAAAUAAACUUUUCUAAACAAAAAUUAUGAUUGGUUGAUUUAUGAAUAUUCGGAUUAAAAAUAAAAAUAUACAAGCUCCUAAUUUAAUUUCCUAAAUUUAAAAUAAAUUAAUAAGA